AUGAGCCUGCACUUGGUUCCUUCCACGGCAGCUCGGCAGUUCUUCCCUGGCAGCGACGGGCGACCGGAGACGAUGAGGUCGACCACGAGGCAAGCGCCCCGACUGUGGUGCCUGUGGAUGGCCGCGCUUGCGGCGGCUCAGGAAGAACCAGCUGACGCAGGUCCUAGCCUGCAAAGAGCUCAACGGCAGUGGAACGAUUGGAUGUUGGAGAAAUUCUACUUCAAGGACGAUGACGAAAGUGACUACGACAGCAGCGACGACAGCGACGAAGACGACGACGGUCGCUGGGGAGAUGGGGAUGCAGUUUGGCAACAGCAGCAGCAGCGGCGGCAGUGGGAGUGGCAGCCGCCGAGCCGCGGGAGCCAGUUCCGGCCGCAGCCGGGGUGGGCGUGGUCGCCGCCCGCGCCGGCGGGGGCGGCGGCGCGGCCGAAGGCGGGCGGAGAGGCAGGGGCGGCGGGGAGCCCUCGCUGCGGAGUGACCAUCGAGGUGCCGCGCAUCAUCAGCGGCAAGCAGGCCCUGCGCGGGGAGUUCCCCUGGCAGGCGGCGCUCAAGAGCACGUACUGCGGCGGGGCGCUCAUCCACCCGCGCUUCGUGCUGACGGCGGCGCACUGCUUCGACCCCAAGGUCAUCAAGGGCUACCGCCUCGUGGAGGUGCGUCUGGGGCUGCUCAACCAGAAGACGGUGGACCAGCAGGCGCGGUCGCUGGCGCCGGACAAGCAGAUCCCGCACCCCAACUACCGCGGAGGCUACACGGCGCAGCGCGUGCGCAACCAGGACGACAUCGCCCUGCUGCGCCUCGCCCAGCCCGCGCCCUACACGGGAAUAGAGAAGUUCGAGGGGUCCGAGGAGUUUCAAGACAUCGAGAGCAUCGAAGAGUUCGGGGGUACGAGGAUUCGGAAGGGUUCGAGAAGCUCGAGGGGUUGGAGAGGUUCAAAGAGUUCCAAGGAAUCGAGAAGUUCGAGGGGUCCGAGGUGUUUCAAGACAUCGAGAGCAUCGAAGAGUUCGGGGGUACGAGGAUUCGGAAGGGUUCGAGAAGCUCGUGGGGUUGGAGAGGUUAGAGGAGUUCCAAGGGAUCGAGGAGUUCCAAGGAAUCGAGAAGUUCCAGGGGUCCGAGGAGUUCCAAGGAAUCGAGAAGUUCCAGGGGUCCGAGGAGUUUCAAGACAUCGAGAGCAUCGAAGAGUUCGGGGGUACGAGGAUUCGGAAGGGUUCGAGAAGCUCGAGGGGUUGGAGAGGUUCGAGGAGUUCCAAGGAAUCGAGGAGUUCCAAGGAAUCGAGAAGUUCCAGGGGGUUCAAGAGGUCCAAGAGUUCGAAAGGUUCGAGGAAUUUGAGAGGUUGGAGAAGUUCGAGGAGUUCGCGGAGUUCCAGGGGUUCAAAAAGUUUAAGGUGUUCGAAGAGUUCGAACGGUUCGAGAAGUUGGAGGGGUUCGAGGAGUGCAGAUCGACGAAGUUCAUCCGACCCGUGUGUCUGCCCGACAGUAAAGGCAACCGGCUCAGGGCCAACGGGAUUUCGUCCCCUAUGGUAGUAGCAGGAUGGGGACUCACCGAAAGAGGCGUGUUCAGCGACAACCUGCUGUUCGCGCGCGUGCCGCCGGUCGACCCCGCGACGUGCGCGCAGAAGCUCAACAUCAAGGUGCCGGCCACGCAGCUGUGCGCCGGCGGGAACGUCACAGACACGUGCAACGGAGACAGCGGCGGCCCGCUGGUGCAGGCCAACGAGAACGACGCCGGCGACAUGGUGUUCGAGGUGGUGGCGCUGGUGUCCUUCGGGCCGGUCGUCUGCGGCACGCCCGGCCUGCCCGCCGGCUACACCCGCGUCGCGCCGUACCGCGCGUGGAUCGACCAGACCAUUCGCGAGCAGGGUUGAGCCCCUCCGCCAAACUCUGGGUAGACCGUACAGGACAUUUUCAACCUACUCGGACUUUUCACGGGAGACAACUGGUCACUAGCGAACCUAGUGACGUGAUCUGGAAAAUCGACUACUGAUUCAAAUUUCAAUACAUGUACAAUAACUUUCGAAUCACUCGUAACUGCGAAACGUAAGUCAACAUAAUCGGAAGAAAGCUAAAAAAUCUUUCAAACGUAUACACUUCGUGUUUAAUAUCACAAUGGUAAUGACAGGUCGGACCACAAGGGUCGCUGUCUCCCGUUCAUUCGCCGAGUGUCAUGCAUUGUCUCUGGAGUACUUGCUUCCGCUCUUGUUCGUUUCGAAGUUCAACAACAACGUACUUGCCCGUUCGCUCUCAGGAAAAUUAUUAUAAAAACAAAUACAUAACUGAACGGCAAAAACCGCGGUCUUUUGAUUAAAAAAUAUUUUAAUCGUUAAAAAAACAGUAUGUGGUGUAUGCACGUGCUGCUUCUUGAGCUCCUGCAUAGAAUAUCUGCAAGUUUGAAUCUCUCAUGGGCAGAGAUGUUUUACCCUUCCGUGGUUCCAUAAUGGACAAUCAAUAAUGGACAUUGUAACACAUUUUGAUCUGUCAGCUUUGCAUAUGAGCUUGUGGGUAGUGACUUAUUGGCUUACUGGCAGUGGAACAGGAGCAAUUCCUUAAGUGCCUGUGUCCCCGCUACCUGGACACAGCAAACCAUUUGCAACAAUAAUUCAAAAGCCUUCCCCUCUCAUGCGUCUUAAAAUUAAACGAUUUUCCAGUUUACGCUUAGAAAAAUCUUAAUGUAAACAACUCCCAGAUACAUCCACAGACUACCCGGGUCUCUACGAGUAAAGCGAAAGGACUGUAGCGGUUUCGGUCAGAAAGACUGUGUUUCGGUUUAGAAUACUGUUUGAGAAUGGAUCAUGUAUUACCCUCCUGUUAUGACAAGGUGUGCACUUCCCUCUUCAUGCAACGCCUUUCGAACCUCUCUUUCCAGGCGUGUUGGGUGAGUAGAAGCAUGGGUGUUGUAACUUGAUAGUGGAGUAGCACCUCAACUACGGAUGGCAAAAAAACAUAUGUGUUUUUGAAACAUCGAUUAUUUGUGUUCGGUGUUUUCUUCACUUCGAUGUAUUUUUUAAGGAGCAUCAAUGUUUUCAAAAAAAUUACCUUGAUAUAUUGUAAAUAAAAUUUCAAGUAACUAGUUUUUUGUGAAUUGCUUAAAACCAAGAGCCACUGAUAUCUAUCUCUGUUGUCGAUGCCCAGAUGGAGAGAUUUCUUUAUGGAUACUUUUGGUGGUUUGUCCACAAUGUCUCACUUUAUAAUUAUUUUAACAAAAUGUCUAUUAUGUUUUCUUAAGCAUAUAUAAAGGGCAAAGAUCUUCUUCACUUUCGAUAAAUAUUAUUUAUAACAUUUUUUACGUUAUCAAAGAAUAAAAUAUAACUCAUUGAAGUACAAUAGUUAACAUGAAAAUGAGAUGAGAAAAUACCACCUGUUUUAUCAUUUUUAAAACAUCGAUGUUUUCAUCUACAUCGAAAAGAUGUUGGUGAUGUAUCGAUGUUUGGAUACAAUUUGCCAUCUAACCUCGCCAGCGACAUACUAAAGGUUCCUGUAUCCUCACCACGUGACUGAGCACCCUCUUGCCAGUUUGCUCUUAGUAAAAUCCUCAUGUAAAUAAAAGUUUCCUAAAUAGAACGCAAUCUUAGAAAGACUGCGAGUUCGAAUCUCGCUUGAAAAGAGAUGUUUACCUUUGGGUUAUGACUCCUACUGACAAUGUACCACGUCUCCUAAACUCGCUCCUUCUUUCCGGGUUUGCACUACACUAACAAAUGACGGGAGACCAAUCGGGUGGUCAGAGCUUGUUCCGGCUGGGACUGUGCAACGCUGGUGGGAGAUACCUGGUUGGGGAAAAUCCCUGCAAGCCGACGGUUGGUCAGCGUCAGGUCUCACCAGCCAACAGGAGAUCACCGUCACCUCCCGCGAUAAAAAAACAUGCUCUACACUUAUGGGAUGAUCUUAGCAGUUGGCGCACCCGGAAUCACAAACUACUAUAACAAUUUAAUAGCUUCCAUUAUUAUGACUAUAAUCGAUGCAGGAAGCAACAUGUGUUUAAAAUUUCUCAGUUCUUUCUAUUAACAUAUUGAUCUUCCGUUUUUAAAUGAUUGGUUUUUGAUUGUUUUACAUGAUUGGUAGUAUGGUAGUAAGGGAGGAUUUCGCCAAUCAAGAAGCAAGGUGCAGCACAAAAAAUUGUUUCUUUACGUCAAGAGUUUUAUAAGAGACAACGGAUAAGUCUUAGUCGUAGAUUAUGUAAUAUGUAACGAUAUAAACAUUGCUAGAGCUUUGAAGUUGCUAAUUCACGGGUUACAAAAUUUUGGAUUAAUUUCAAAAUAAUCUCCCACCCCUUCCCUAACACUAAUGCUCUUUUCCCGUCGUUCUUUCAUCUUCGUUAUUUCCGUUGUUGUCAGGUUUCUAUUGUAUAAUUAAAAUUAUGUAAAACAUUAACAGUAAUUAAUUUAUAUUUUGUACCAUACCUCAGUUUUGUAUUAAUUAUAAGAUUACUUAAACUGCAGCCGAGCACAAGUAAUUGCUCAUUUGGAUGCAUCUGCUGUGUGUUUACUUAUGU